AACAACAUCAAAAGAGAGCUUCCUGCAACAAAUUCAGCACAAGGUUGCCCGAAGGACAAAAGGACGACGAUGGGAACCUUAAGAAUAGCUGUAUUCUUAUUCAUUGUGGCUGCUAUGAGCAGUUUUAUCUCUAUUCAAGUCUACGGUGAAAACACCUCCCCAAAGCUCGAUCAUUUUGAAAAGCUACAUUUUUCUCGCGCUCAUUUGCACAAAAUUCAAGUCCUUCAACGCGAUUCUGUUUCAACUCAAAAGCAUGCCAAAAAGAUCCCAAAAGCAGCAAAUGCGGGCCCGCUUGUGUACCACGUGACAUCAUACGGUGCAGACCCUACCGGAAAAUCAGACAGCACAGACGCGAUUCUUGGAGCUAUAUCGGAUGCGCUAAACGGGCCUGGACACGGCGUCUUGUACCAGGGAAUAGUGAAUCUUGGUGGGGCCAGAGUUGAUCUUGAUGGUGGCAAUUACUUGAUCAGCCGCCCUCUCCAAUUCCCUCUCCCUGGAAGGGGAAAUCUCGUCAUUCAUGGAGGCUCACUAAUCGCAUCGGACAAUUUCCCAAACGAUGGCUACUUGAUCGAUCUAUCGCCUGCCUCAAACAACGCUACCUCAGCAUAUAACUACGAGUUUGUAACAAUGAGAGAUCUCUUGCUGGACUGUAAUUACAGGGGUGGAGGAAUCCAAGUCAUCAACUCCCUCAGAACAAACAUAGACAACUGCUACAUCACACAUUUCAACACUACAGGAAUCUCGGUACAAGGUGGUCACGAAACCUACAUACGGUACUCUUACCUCGGCCAGCACAUCACAGGUGGGGGCGACCCCCUGGAGAGGAACUUCACAGGCACAGCAAUUGUCCUAGCUGGCAACGACAACUCUGUGUCCGAGGUUGUCAUAUUUUCAGCAGCCGUUGGGAUAAUGAUCACGGGCCAAGCCAAUUUAAUAACCGGUGUUCAUUGCUAUAAUAAGGCAACGGGGUUCGGGGGAACAGGGAUAUAUCUGAAGACGCCUGGUUUAGCACAGACAAGGAUCGUGAAUUCUUACCUGGACUACACGGGAAUUGUUGCGGAGGAUCCUGUCCAGCUCACGAUUUCCAACAGCUUUUUCCUUGGAGAUGCUUAUGUUGUGUUGAAAUCCAUAAAGGGUGUGGUGAAUGGGGUUAAUAUAGUGGAUAACAUGUUUUCAGGAUCGAAUAGCGGGGUUGAGAUUGUUCAGUUGGAUCAGAGUAACGGGGGUUUCAACGAGGUUGAUCAGGUUGUGAUUGACAAGAACAAUGUGAACGGAAUGAAGCUUAAGUCGACAGUGGGAAGAAGCAGCAUUGAGGGAAAUAGUAGCUCAUGGACAGCAGAUUUCAACUCGGUGUUUGUAUUUCCGAAUCUUAUUAAGCAAGUGCAGUACAGUUUCAUAACGAACGACGGUUCUUUCCCAGUUCACGCAUUGCGAAAUGUGUCGGGUAAUACAGUUGUGAUUCAGUCUCAAGUGCCAGCUGCUGCGAGUGUUUAUAUUACUGCCGAUCAAUCAAUCUAACUAGGUUCCUCUCAGCAAUGGAUAUAUAUAUUUUUACAUAUGUAUUAGGUAAGUGUUAUAGGCAUUCAUGCGAGUCAUCGUCCAUGGCGUUAAUGGUCGGUGGGUAACCAAUUUUCGGUUGAAUCAUCAAUCAAUCAAUCAAUCAAUAUAUAGAGAGCAUUUGAAUGUAAUCAAGUAAGAGAAACAAAUGUAAAUAUAAAGCAGAGUUGACAGGACAGGAUUCAGUCCAAAUGUAUGGUGAUAUUCAGUCCAGACAUAUUGAUGUAUAUAUAUACAUGGGAUCGAAUAUUAGUAUUA